UUGCACUCCAGAGCCGACAACACUCGACCACAAACCGACGACAAGAACCAUUUUGGAAGUCAGCUGAGAUCGAGGCGGGUUGAAGGCAGUCGGCACUUCGGUCUUUCAUUCUCCUCUGUAAGAAAUGGAGCGCGGCAAGGAGCUCUACGCACAAAAGCACUACCCGGAGGCAGCGAAGCAUUUUAUCAGGGCCAUCGACUCGUGUCCAUGUGGCGUCGCCUACCGAGAGACAUCAUGUCUCUGCAAGUCCAUUCUCGGUGCAAUCGAGAAGAAAGCCCUCAAGGACGAGCUCAAGAGGCCCUGCAUCUGCUCCGCCAAGUCAGGGCGGCGCUGUGAACGCAAACCUCACAUUGAUGCCUUUGACUCGCUUGCAGCGGCACGGGAAAAGCAGGGCUUGCUGGACGAGAGCAUCUCUUGCACGGAGCAGUUGAUCAAUCUGUCACCUCGUGAUCCAAAGGGCUAUCUUCGUCUUGGCAAGGCCCUGCGUCUCCAGGGUAAGCCUACGGUUGCCUAUGAGGCGUAUGUGGCUGGGUCGCAACUCGUGGCUGCCAAGCAUCCAGAUCAUCCUCUUCUGCCUAUGUUGAAUGCUCAAGCUGCCAAGGUCAAGGGGAUGACUAGGACAGAUCCCCUCGCGAAACUUCCCUAUGAACUUAUAAGGAUGAUCCUGCAAGAUGUCGGCUUCCGCACGUUAUGUCUCUGUCUGCGAGUAUCAAAGACGUGGAAGGCGGUGCUGACUUCCGCGAUGGCACAAGAUCUAUGGCGAACGCAACAGUAUUUCUACACAAAUCACAAGCCGCGAGGUUUUGCUGGACCCCGGACAGCCCUCAGGUACGCCUCAUUUGGAGGCGGCCAGCUCACAGACCUGACGAUCGAUAACUGCAAGCAGUUUGGACUGAAAUUUGCACACCUGACCUUGAUAAUGUCUCGAUGCGGGAAACAUCUGCGACAUUUGAAGCUCCGUGGGCCAAUGGUUGGUGACAUGCCACAGGGCAGCGUUUCCAGUUUCAAGCUGCCAGCACUCGAGUCGCUAUAUCUCGGGCUUGGCCUCAAGCUGCCGCACAAGUGGCUCCUCCAGCUCCUUCGAGACACAUCGAGAACUCUGCGGGAGCUCUCAGUAUUUGAUGUUCUGCCGGACCCUGCUGAUCGCCCUCGUUUGUUCCCUCUGACAGGUCCGCCAGUCUUCCGGAUCAAGGAGGACCAAUCUUGGCCAGAACUGCCGCGAUUGAAAUCCUUGGCGCUGUCCUCCACUGGCCAGCUUCAAAUCUAUCUUGCUUACAUGCGUGAUAUCACGCCCAAUUUGGAAAAUCUGUGGUUGGAUGAUGUCGAUGUCGUCUUGGAAGCAGACGAUGGCAUUGUCGACUGGCCUAAACUGAAGUCCGUCUUCAUCGGCGGCUGUGUGAAGAGAGAUGAGCGACUGGGGAACGGGCACGCGAUCAAGCUCUGUACGGGCAUGGAAGAACUCCAUCUGGAAGAGGCUGGUCUGAGCCUCGUGCCGUAUCUGGACCAGCCGUCCUGGCCAGAGUUAUCGGUCCUGCGUAAAUUCUCAAUCCGCUCUUUCUCGGAGGCUAUUCUUGAGUCCCAGUUGGAGCUCCUGCUUCGGCCGGGACUCGAGUCGGGCACGAUCGAUCAGAUAAGCAUACACCCAUUCCCGCUUGGACGCUAUCUAGGAGUCGACGUGACGUCCUCCAUAGAAUGGUUCAGGUCGGAGAGCGUGACACACCUCGCGCUCUCGGGAUUCGUAGCCGAGGGCUACCGCUCGAGCGGGACAGUCGACGACGCGCUCGUCACCAUCACCUCCAGGUUCCCGAACCUCAAGACCCUCGACAUUGACAAGGAGCAGAUCCAGGACGCGACCCUGGGCAAGAUCUUUGCGCGGGGCGUCAAGACGAUAUACUACGCCGGGGACCUUCGGGAGGACCUGCGCGUGUGGGCCGCCAGGACGCAUAAUGCUAGGCUCGUGUACGGGCCGUACCGGGGGAGCCCGGCGGAGCUGCCAGAUCGGCCAGUUGUGAGCAGGCGGCUUGCGCAGAGCGCAAAACGGGUUCGCGAGCGCGCUGUGUGACAAGAGAUGGCAUUGGCAUUGCACGUGGGAAGGGGUUCGAAAUGCACUUUUGUUCUCAUGGGCCAGUCUUGCCACAGUUCGCUGAGGUGUCCGUUGUUGAGAUAUAGAUAUCGUCUGGCGGGCUGUCGUAUUGCCAUCCCGUAGAGAAUAGCAGGGCCGUGCCGCGCGGUUGUCAAUUUGAACCAGAGACACAUGGUGGCUUACAUGUCGCGGUUGCCUCCCUCGGUGAAAUAGGGAAAUGAAAAGAUCGAAAUGGGAUCGAUGCCAUUGUGUGGAGACAUCUCGGAUUUGGUGUCCAGGUUAAAACAACGAGCUUACACGGCUUGGGGAUGCAGCACUUGGUGGGAUCGAUUUUAUAAGAUAUCCUCAGCAUUUACACUGAUG